GUCAUGAUGGCGUGUGCAACGAGGUGCGCAAUGCGCAUAAUGACGACAGUGGAUAGCCAUCUGAACGAUAAGCGGCCGGCGAUAGUGAGGCAUUAAACCCAUCGGCAGCCGCUGGCCAUAAAUCAGUCGGCAGUCUGUUCGCGGAAGCUUUCAGCUCCGGACCUCUUAACGCGGCAUACUUUCGGGCCAAGAGCUGGAAAUGGCCCUGCUCCACUACACUUUUGACCAGCUCGAGCUGUACUUAGAGUGGGCCUUUGCCCAGCAUGGCGAGGCCACCCCGAGUUCGGCUGCCCAGUUCCCCAAGUAUCCCCCAUAUCCGGGCGUCUUUGUCGCGGAUCUCAGCCAGCUGAACCGCCUCAAGCGGAACUCCUUCUCCGCCGUGGUGGGCACUCUGUUCCUACUGGCCUUUAUCGGCAAUCUGAGCACCCUGUACGUCAACUCCCGCCGGAAGCUGCGACCCUUCUUCCGAGCCUGCCUGAUUUCCCUGGCCUGCAGUGACCUCGUAUCCACUGUCUUCUGCACCGUGUCCUACAUGGCACAGUUCAACGCAGAGUAUCUGCAGCUUUGGACCAUUGGCGGCUUUAUGUGCAAGUUCGUGCCCUUCAUAACCACCACAUCGGUGUUGUCCGGCAGUCUGACCCUGGUGGCCAUCGCCCUGGAUCGCUACCUGGCCGUGAUGCGACCCGUGCUGGGCUUCUGGAGCCCCGACAUCCGCUUCAGCAGCCUGAGCAUGCUGCUCAUUUGGGCCUGUGCGAUCGGGUCAUCUGGUCCGCUGUUGGGGAUCUACGCGUACAAGGUGAUCUUCCUGCUGGACGUGGAGGACUCGUCGGAGGAGAGUGGGGAGCAGGGGAACACCCCAGUGCCGGAGGAACUGAUGGUCACCGAGCUGGAAAUGGCCCAUAUGUGUGUGGCCGGGGACCACGAUGUUGGACUCUACUACGUCAUACUGUUCACCCUGAUUUUUCUGCCCUGCAUAGUGUCCUUUCUCUGGCUGAAUGCCACGAUUGCCAGGCAGCUGUGGCUGCGACGGCACUUCCACCAGGAGCAGCAUGUCCGGGAGCAGGAGCCCAAGGAGGGUCAGUUCAAGUCCAUGGGACAUGUGAAUGGAGACCUCCUGAUGCCCACCACCCUGGUCAGUGCCGUGGGUGUGGACCUGCCAUUUGCGCUGGAGAAGAGCACGCUGCCGCCCAAGACUCCCAUAACUCCUGUGAAUGUAAAGAGGAGCACAGCUACUGCCUUGGCCAGGGAGGCCAGACAUCGGAGGAUGGUAGUGGUGGUGCUCCUCAUGAUGGCCGUCUUCAUCUGCCUGCGACUGCCCGCCUGGGUGUUCCUGAUCAUGCGGCUCUAUGGCUCCUACUCGGAGCCCAUCGACUGGCUGCUGUACUUCAGCUUUGGCAUACUAAACUUGUUUAGUUGUGCAUUGAAUCCGAUUUUUUACACCUUCCUCACCCAAACCAUACGCACAGUGUCGCUGGUGAAGCAGAAAGUUCGCCGUUUCUUUGGCUGUGGCACUGGUGAAGUUCAGAACACCAUGCCCGAGGAUCAAAUGGACAAAAGCAGGUGCUGCUGCGGCUUGCGUCCGCCCACUUUCACCUGGCGAUGCCAUCCAACCCGCCGGGAUGUGCCACCACCCACCAACAAUGUAAUCCGGGAUGUGGAGCAGCCAGAUCAAAUCUCCGGCGAAGUGCAGCCGGAUCCGAGUAGCCUGCGGCGAUUCCUGACCUUCAAGCGGGAAGUGUUCACCAUCUACAAGCAGUGCGAUGACUCGUCGAGUGCGUCAAUCGAGUCCUCCGCCUGAUAGGCCACCGUAUGCUAAUAAAUCACUCGGAUUGUCGGUUUGUCGUUUUGUCGGAUACGGGAGCCAACGGUUAGCAGAACUUGAUUGAUGGAUCCAGCCCCGCAAAAAGCGACUUGUCACGGUGGGUAUAUCACCUAUAGAUACACAUAUGAGCGCACAUAUUAUGUACCUCAUUAAACGUGUAAAAACGAGGAAAAAAGCGAAUGGGUGUUGGCAACUAACUAACCAUUAACACUUAGCAUAAUCAAGAUCAGAGAAGGUCUAAGUUAUUAUCGCAGCAAAAACUGAAGCCCAAUUUGAAACAUUUGAAAAACCAAAAGCAAAGUGGCCACAAUUAAAUUGUGUUUAUGUACAACCAAAUGCACUU